CGGGUUUGCUAACCAAAGCUACAAGAUGGCGGCACCCGAUGGGAAUUUGCACGGCUUUUCUCUCUCUUUCAGACAUCUUUAACAGACAAGAUGGGAACUUUAUUUUUCGGAUUAUCAACGGAACGCGAGUGGAAAUGAUUUUGCAUGAGAUGCAUUAGCAUUUGCGGAAAUUUAAAAAACAAACACGGCCCUCAAAUUAAUCUUUUUUUUUGCUUCACCCGGCGGGCUUGUUUUAUUUUGUCGCAGAGCGUAUGCCGCUAAAAUGGCGGCUUCCAUCAGAUUCUAAGCUAAGCUAGCAUCUUAGCUGGCUACAUUUUGUACGGACUUAAAACGGCACUGUACUAAAAAAAACUUACACUUUACGAAUUUACACUUCGAUCACACUUUAAUUUAGAGUUUUUCCCUCGAGUUAAAUUUUUCUUAACGCUACAAUGGCGGGUUGUGUGGCUUUUUAGAUGAGCUACCAAAACGUAGCUGGCUACAUAUUUUUGUGUGUGUGACGCGGCUAACGCGAAGCCUGAAGCUUUUAUUAUUAUUACUACAGUUUUAAAACUGCUCAAGCGGAGCAGUAAACUUGGAAUGGACUAGAUUUGUUGUUUCCCCCCCUUUUUUUUAAAAAAAGAGAGAUUUUUCUUGCAUUAGGGGGAAAUGGCUUCUUCUGGUACCAACACCACAUCGAGCGCUUCGGGCUCCGUGUUGCAGCCGAGGUGGAAGCGGGUGCUCGGAUGGUCCGGCCCGGUACCUCGGCCUCGUCACGGCCACCGCGCCGUCGCCAUUAAAGAGCUGAUGGUGGUUUUCGGCGGCGGCAACGAAGGAAUCGUGGACGAACUUCACGUAUACAACACAGCAACUAAUCAGUGGUUUAUCCCGGCUGUCCGGGGCGACGUGCCACCCGGCUGUGCUGCGUAUGGAUUUGUGUGUGACGGCACCCGCCUGUUGGUGUUCGGGGGAAUGGUUGAAUAUGGAAAGUACAGCAACGAUCUUUAUGAACUACAGGCCAGUAGAUGGGAGUGGAAACGGCUGAAGCCUAAAGCUCCAAAGAAUGGCCCUCCUCCUUGUCCACGCCUGGGCCACAGCUUCUCCCUCGUGGGGAAUAAAUGCUACCUAUUCGGCGGACUUGCCAACGACAGCGAAGAUCCCAAAAACAAUAUUCCAAGAUACCUGAAUGACCUGUACACACUCGAGCUGCGUCCGGGCUCCAGCGUGGCAGGCUGGGACAUCCCCAUCACAUACGGCGUGCUUCCUCCUCCUCGCGAGAGCCACACAGCCGUAGUGUACACAGAGAAAACCUCAAAAAAGUCUCGCCUCGUUAUCUACGGAGGCAUGAGCGGCUGCCGCCUCGGAGACCUCUGGACGUUAGAUAUAGACACACUGACUUGGAACAAGCCGGCAAUCAGUGGCACUGCUCCGCUGCCUCGCAGUCUCCACUCUGCCACCACCAUAACCAACAAGAUGUACGUGUUUGGCGGUUGGGUGCCCUUGGUGAUGGAUGACGUGAAAGUGGCUACACAUGAAAAGGAAUGGAAGUGUACAAACACACUGGCAUGCCUAAAUCUGGACACAAUGACAUGGGAGACUAUUUUAAUGGACACUCUGGAAGACAACAUCCCGAGAGCCAGGGCAGGACAUUGCUCCGUAGCCAUCAACUCCCGACUGUAUGUUUGGAGUGGCAGAGACGGCUACCGCAAAGCCUGGAACAACCAAGUGUGCUGCAAAGACCUCUGGUAUUUAGAGACAGACCGUCCUCUGGCGCCCUCUCGCGUGCAGUUGGUUCGUGCCAAUACAAGUUCUCUGGAGGUGAGCUGGGGCGCUGUGCCCACCGCUGAUGCCUACCUGCUGCAGCUGCAGAAAUAUGAAAUUCCAGCAGCGACGACGGCCUCAUCCCCCAGCGUCACUCCCACUUCCUCGCUGCCCUCCAACUCCCCCAAGAGCCCGGCCCCAGCCGCCGCGGCCCCUGCCUCUCAGAGCGUGCCCGUCACAGGGGUCACCCUCAUACCCCAGGUGCCCUCACCAACCGCGUCCAUGCCUGUGAGCCCGCUCGCUGCAGCCUCACCGCGCGGUCCAGGUAAAACCAUCCUGAAAGUGGCAGCACCUCAGUCCGCUGCUGGGACUUCUAUUGUCACCGUGCGUCAGGCCAAUCAAGUGGGAAAAUCCCCGGUUACAGUUGCAUCACUUCCUGCUGGAGUCCGAAUGGUCGUUCCUGCACAGAGCGCACAAGGAACACCGAUCGGGAGCAGCCCUCAGAUGAGUGGCAUGGCCGCUCUGGCUGCAGCGGCGGCUGCCACACAGAAAAUCCCUCCUUCGUCAUCAGCCACUAUGCUGAAUGUUCCAGCAGGAGCCACCAUCGUGAAAACUGUUGCUGUCACUCCAGGCUCUGCAGCUCUUCCUGCUACAGUGAAAGUAGCCUCGCCAGUGACAGUGAGCAACCCAGCCACCCGCAUGCUAAAGACGGCUGCAGCUCAAGCUGGAACUUCUACCAUCACAACUCCUAACACGCCAACACGUCCCAUCAUCACCGUGCACAAAUCGGGCACGGUGACUGUGGCCCAGCAGGCUCAGGUGGUCACCACUGUGGUUGGAGGAGUCACUAAAACAAUCACGCUUGUCAAGAGCCCGCUCACUGUGGGCAGCGGCGGCACUCUGAUCUCUAGCCUUGGGAAGGUGAUGUCCAUGGUCCAGACAAAACCAGUACAGACCGCUGCCGUGACAGGCCAGGCUGGCAGCCCUGUCACACAGAUCAUUCAGACGAAGGGUCCUCUGCCUGCAGGCACCAUACUGAAGCUAGUCACCUCAGCAGAUGGCAAACCCACUACCAUCAUCACUACCACACAGGGGGGUGGUACUGGCACAAAACCAACCAUUCUGGGCAUCUCCCCUACCACCACUAACAAGCCUGGCACCACCAUCAUCAAAACCAUACCGAUGUCUGCCAUUCAGCAGGGAGCUGCAGGUUUGUCUUACCGCAAGUUCGGUGCUACCAGUAGCACAGGUAUAAAGUCUCCUAUCACGAUCAUUACGACCAAAAUGAUGACGCCUGGAACACCAGGAAAAAUAAUCACAGCAGUACCAAAACUGGCUACUGGAACUGCACAGCAGGGAGUGACUCAGGUGGUCCUGAAGGGGGCGCCAGGGCAGCCUGGCACCAUUCUUCGCACUGUGCCCAUGGGCGGUGUGCGACUCGUUUCUCCUGGUACCGUUUCUGCUGUCAAGCCCACAGUUACCACACUAGUAGUUAAAGGCACCACAGGAGUAACUACUCUUGGCACUGUGACCGGAACAAUCUCAACCAGCCUGGCAGGGGGCAAUGUUCCCACUGCUAAUGCUAGCCUGGCUACUCCCAUAACCACCCUGGGCACCAUCGCCACACUCUCCAGCCAGGUGAUCAGCCCUACAGCUAUCACUGUGUCUGCAGCCCAGACAAACCUGACUACUGCACCUACAGUGGCUAUACAGGCAGCUACACAGCCCACUCAGGUGACGCUGAUAAGCACCCCCAGUGGUGUUGAGGCCCAGCAGGACCUCCCUGUGUCCAUCCUGGCCUCUCCCACCUCUGAGCAGCCCUCCACCACAGGUGCUGAAGCAGGCGACACCCCAGGUGAAGUGACUCUGGUCUGCUCCAACCCACCGUGCGAGACCCACGAAACCGGUACCACCAACACGGCCACCACAGCUUCCGCCAAGAUCGGAACCGAGCGCGUGUGCUCUAACCCACCUUGCGAGACACACGUGACCGGAACAACCAACACGACAACCACGGCGUCAUCCGACAUGGGCCGUGUGCAGCAAGUAUGCAGCAACCCGCCGUGCGAAACACAUGAAACGGGCACUACAAACACAUCUACGCAGGCGUCCUCCAACAUGGGCAGUGCGGAGACCAACACGGUACAGAGAGUGUGUUCUAACCCGCCAUGUGAGACCCACGAAACCGGCACCACCAACACCGCUACGCAGGCAUCUUCGAGUAUGGGCAGUGGGGAGACUAACACUGUACAGAGAGUGUGUUCCAACCCACCUCAUGAAACCCACGAAACGGGUACCACCAACACCGCUACGCAGGCAUCUUCGAGUAUGGGCAGUGGGGAGACUAACACUGUACAGAGAGUGUGUUCCAACCCACCUCAUGAAACCCACGAAACGGGUACCACCAACACCGCAACGCAGGCAUCUUCGAGUAUGGGCAGUGGGGAGACCAACACGGUACCGAGAGUGUGUUCCAACCCACCAUGUGAGACCCACGAAACCGGCACCACUAAUACACCUACACAGGCUUCAUCCACCAUCGGAUCAGGGCAGAAUGGCACGGUGCAGAGAGUGUGUUCCAACCCGCCAUGUGAGACUCAUGAGACCGGCACCACCAACACGGCUACUACCGCCACUAGCAGCCUCGAGUCAGCCGAAGGAACAGCGCAACAGAGUGGUAACGGACAAGACGCUGGCACCAGUGCAGAGGCAACUUCGUCGACAGAAUCUGCCAAUCCCCCGAUUCAGAGCAGAGCCAUCACCACAGUGACUCAGGCCACGCCCACCCCAGGACCCUCCGUUCCGGAAAUCUCAUCCAUGGCAGGCUCCGUUGCUGUAGUGGAGGGCUCUGGUGAAGCCGAGGCAAUGGAGCAGGGAGACUCUGAGGCAGUAGCGAUGGGUGAGGAGCCCAUGCAAACCGAGGGCGAACUGGGUGAAGACGGAGCUGUCCGAGUCGUUGCUAUUGAGGAGGGUGCUGCCGGUGAGGCGGGCACCAUGCUGCAGGUUCAUGUUGCCAUGGAAGCACAGCCGGGUCAGGGAGAGCAGGCUGAGAUGGAGCAGGGCGGUGAGGGCGCGGAGGCCGUAGCUCUGGCAGGGCAAGACUCCGAGGCCUUGGCGCUGCCUCAGGAACUGAUGUCAGCUGAGGGGCAGCAGACCACGCUGAUGGUGACAGGACUGACCCCAGAGGAACUGGCCGUCACUGCUGCAGCAGAAGCUGCUGCUCAGGCUGCAGCCACAGAAGAGGCCCAGGCGCUCGCCAUACAAGCCGUGCUACAGGCAGCCCAACAGGCCGUGCUCAAUGAAGGAGACUCUGGACAGGACGGUCAGCAGACCACCACCAUUCCCAUCGUACUGACGCAACAGGAACUGGCUGCUCUGGUCCACCAACAGCAGCAACUCCAGGAGGCUCAAGCAGCCGCUGCAGCUGCAGCAGCCGCUGCCCAGCAGUUGGCAGCCGAUUCUGGCACGGCAACCUUACCCACCGAGGGCCUGGCACCCGCAGACAGCCUCAACGACCCCAUGACUGAGAGCAAUGGCCAUGAGAUGGCCGCCGCAGCAGUAACCGCGGCCGUGGCUCAGCUUCUCCCCAGCACUUCUGCAGAGACUUUGGCUCCAUCGAGUACACUUGCCCCGUCCCAACCCAUGGUGGUUGCCAGCCCUGCAAAGAUACAGGCCGCCACUACGCUUGCUGAGGUGGCCAAUGGCAUUGAGUCUGCAGCUGGGAAGCCAGGAGUGCCCCCUGCAGUCGUGAAACCGCCAGUGAAGAAAGAAAAUCAGUGGUUUGAUGUCGGAAUCGUCAAGGUGACCAACACGGUCGUCACACACUAUUACGUCCCAGCAGACGAUUCAGAGGUUACUGAUGAUGAUUCUGGGGCCAUACCAGACUACAGUCAAAUGAAGAAAGUGGAGCUCUCUCCCGGCACAGCGUACAAGUUCCGUGUGGCCGGAAUCAACGCUUGUGGCCGUGGAACGUUUUCUGAAGUUUCGGCGUUUAAGACCUGCUUGCCUGGCUUCCCAGGAGCACCGUGUGCCAUUAAAAUCAGCAAGAGCCCUGAUGGUGCUCACCUCACCUGGGAACCUCCGUCUGUGACGUCAGGGAAGAUCAUAGAGUACUCCGUCUACCUGGCCAUCCAGAGCUCUCAGACGACCGAGGCAAAAGCAUCUGCCCCGGCUCAGCUGGCCUUCAUGCGGGUGUACUGUGGCCCAAACCCCUCCUGCCUAGUCCAGACCUCCAGCCUGUCCAAUGCCCACAUCGACUACACCACCAAACCAGCCAUCAUCUUCCGCAUUGCCGCUCGCAACGAGAAGGGCUACGGCCCUGCUACGCAAGUCAGGUGGCUACAAGAAACCAGUAAAGAUGGAUCUGCUGCCAAACCUGCAGCGAAGAGACCGGUCUCAUCUCCUGAUACGAAAGGUACCGGUCCAAAAAAGGCCAGAGCCGACCAGUGAGAGAUUUUGACGUGCCCCUCCCCCUUUGAGACCAAGACCCCUGACCGAAAUCCUUCCUGCUGAAUGCCCUCCCCAGCCUUAUUAAACCCACAUCCCCCUACCACUUCCAACUUAACAUGAAAUGACAGCGGGGGGGGAAAAAAAAAAAAAAAAAAAAGGAGAAAGAUCAAGAUAAUCUGUUUGUGCCCUACCCCAAUCAUCACUGGACAUCCUGGUGCCAUGGACGCCUUAUCGCUUCGACUGUGUUAAAAUGAAACCGUAUUAUAAAUGUUUCUUCACACAAACAGUUAAAAGCACAUUCUUUUUGCUUUGUCCUGGAAGUUUCGUGUGAUAAAUUUCCAAUGGCAGCAUUCAGUCAAGUUAACUGUCUUGUUUUUCUGUAGUUUGUUUUUUUUUUUCUCCUCCUUCCUUCAUGUUCUUUUAUUUUAUCUUACAAGCAAUAGAUAAAAAAAAAAACACAACUUUUGCUCUUCAGCCAGUUUUUUUUUUAUUUUAUUUUUUAUUUUCAAGUCUCUAUAUUUCAGUUGGACACAGACAGACGUUUGAUGGUAACUGAAGAGGGAGAAAGCCGACAAUGAAGCUACACCUGGAAAUCCAUUGAAGGAUGGUUGGAUGGAUGGGGGGGGGAAGCAACAACACAGCACUUGGUGAUGCUUCUGAAGACAAAAAACUUUUUCAUUUUAAGACAUCUGUAAUUGUAUAUUCAAUCCGAGUCCAGUAGCCUGUUAUUACAUCACUGUGUUUUUUCAUUCAUAGCGAAGAGGGAAUUGGAGAACUGUAUUUUGUAACGAAGCUAUAAGGACUCCGAUCCUUGUAGAGGGGGAGGCGUAUGACUUUUUUUUUUUUUUUUUUUUUUUUUUAAAUUGCAUUGAAAUGCAUCUUGUAUAAAGAAGGGGAGGGGGGAUCCCAUAAAUAGUAAGAAGUGAUGCAGAAGCUCGCUGUGUGUGGUUUAUUUUUGUAUUUUUUUCUUCUUUUUUUUAAGCAGAGAAAAAUGUUCCCUUUAUUGUGUACGUGUGCAUUUGCUCCGUUUUAAAAACGCGUUUCCUGCUCAUUCCUAUAGUCAGAGUGUCACGUGGGAUCCCAUGGCCGAUUGUCCUGUGUGCCACGGAAUUUUCUCCAUCCCACCUUUAAGGAAUAUUUCAAAAUGAUGAUUCAGAAAUUAAAGAUUGACGUGAACUUUUUCUACUCACUUUGGAGAAAGACUAUCCAUUUAAACCAUGCUUUAGCAUACUGAACAUAGGUUUUUCAUUCUUUGUUUCUUUAUGCAUUUUUUUUUUUCUCCUUCCCCUUCCAACUUGUAUAUUGUUGAUCAUUUAAAGGAGUGUGUUGCUGGAAGGCUGUUUGUUCUUUUUGUUUUCUUCUCUUCCUGUUAACCUUUUCACUAGUCCAUAGUUUAUGUAAACUUUGCUUUUUAAAAAAAAAAAAAAAAAAAUUUUUAAAAAGCAUUUGUUUUGUUUUGUUUUUUUGUUUUUUUUUCCCCCUCCCAUGCUUGUUUGUGAGCUGGUUUAGAAGUAAAAAGCGAACUUGGGAUUCUUCUCAUCAUGGGGAAAAUGUCGCAAGCAUUUUCAUUCAUCUUGGGAGCGGUUGAUUUUUUUUAUUUCAUUUUUCUCCCUCCUUUUUUUGGCAGAUGGUUUCGGCGUGCAGGGUACAGAUGGAUUACCAGUGUCGGAUUGAGUGCUGAUACGGGCUGAGUUUUUGUUCAUUGUGUUCAGUUGGAUGGCUCAAUUCCGAUCCUGGACCAGCAUACUCGCUCUGAAACGUGAUUUUGCAUUACGACCCCCCAGUUUCUAGAAUGAUGUUUGACUGACUGAAAAGUGCACCGAUAAUGUGUCUAAAUGGGGAAAUGGAGAGAAAAAAAACAACAUUGGUUUGCUUUUCUGACAAUUUUGUGGGAAAAUAAUGGAUUAUUGGCACAGCCAGCGGUUGAACUCAGUUGUAAAUUAGUUCUUUCACGUAGCAAGAAGUAAAACAAAACUCCGCCUUUUUAUAUAAUUAUCUGUAACAAAUGUUUUUACAUGUUGUCAUCUAUUGAUUGCUUUUGUGUCUUGACAUAUAAAAGUAAUGGAAAUCUG